GGUCGCGUCGGAGCUUACUUUUGUCGCAUAUUUGCAACGAACGACCUCGCAGUGUUACUGUGCGCAAGAACGCAGCCUAUAUGACGAUGAAUUGAACACGUUUUUAACUUCGCAAAUGCAAGCUAUAACAGGAAGCGGCGACGACCGAUCAGAGACAAAAUCAAACAGAGCAGGAUACAACAGCCCUUUGUUUAUAGCAAUUGCAGUUCUCUGUGGUUUACAGUGUUGCUUUACGGUCUGCGUUAUAUUUGCCUUAACCUUUGGUUGGUUCGCACUAGUUUAAUCCAAUGACGAUGAUGUUCAAGAUUUUAACAAGCUUCCACACGGUCUUGUUCAUAACAGCAAGCCAGCAGCUGUAAUGCCAUUGGCUGCCUUCAAGACAUAUCUGUUUCAAGAUGAAGAUAAUUAGAAACCGUUUCGAACGGUAUGAAACUGCACGCUAUCAUCGUUUUAGCAGGCGUGUUCCUGUCACCUAGCACACUCGUCAGCGGCAAUCCCCAGUACGGUCAACCAAUCAUUGCCCGGGGAUCCAACGCUUACGGCGCCGGAGUUGGCUUCAACGACGACUCCCUGGUUCCGCUGAAUCAGCCCAUCUUCGACGCGCGGCAGCAGCAGCAGGGACUGCCUCGGGCGCGUCAGGCGGAGUCCCGCCCCAGUCCAGUGGCCGGGCUGGCUCCCCAGUCCGGGCCCAGGCCUCUGUCGGAUCUGGCUCCCAGUGACCAGCCGAGCCUCGGCAAUCGGCAACCAGACGGCCAACGGCCGGCUAUCGGCCUUGACGAAGUGGAUUUGCGGAUCACCGACUUCACUACUGGCGGACAGGAGCCACCCUUGGGCACUAACAGCCUUGGCAGUGGCCCCUCUGUUGCAAACAGCCCGCCUCAGCCGCAAGUGAUCGGAAGUGCCGGCCAACCCCUCCAAGGGCGAGGGCCAGGUCUUAACAACAUCCUCACUAGCCUGCCGCCGCCGACGUCCAACGAUGGAGGCGUUAUUGGGGUCGGAGCUGUCGGCGGAAACCCGGAGGUUGUUCUGGGCUUUGAGCGGAAUAGUGCACAAGUGGGUGGAGAGGCCGACGGCAUCCCCUUGUCCCCAGGCUCCGGCAGCUCUCUUCAGCAGCAGCCGCUAGUAGCCCGCGGUGGUAACACUUAUGGUGCUGGGCGGGGCAUCGAAGUGCCAACAUCAGCUCCAGUUCCGGAGGUAGGCGGUGACCUGAACAUCCAGCCUGAACAGCCGCAGACCAGGGAAGGCAUCCUGUCGCAGCCUGCCCUGCCGGAUGACGAUGAGGUGCCCACCGAGCCACGAGCAGGCAAUGCAUUCGUUGCCCCAGGACCGCGACCGAUUGGCAACAAUGAGGUCAGCACGGAUAGAGCAAUCAGCCAGCAGCCCGCACGUCCAAGAACGGCUGCUCCUGUGACUCCUGAGAGGCCAAAUGAUGGAGAGGGUCAUCACAUGGGGGGAAUUGAGUGGUUGCCUGAAUCGAUCCCCGGCCAGCCUCUUAUCGACUACCCAGUGCUCGUGAGGCUUCCAGAGUCGGGCUUCGACUGCGCUAACCAAGACGUUGAUGGCUUCUACGCGGACACGUCUGAGGAGGCCCGCUGCCAGGCGUUUUGGGUCUGCCACAACAAGCAGCAGGACGGAUUCCUCUGCCCAAACGGGACCCUGUUCAACCAACGGUAUUUCACCUGCGACUGGUGGUUCAACGUGCGCUGUGAGGAGUCGCCUGACUACUACGAGCUGAACAGAAACAUCGGCGUGGUUGGAACGCGCAUCGAUACUCUUCCGGCCGGAGUGGUGGCAGCGGCGUCCAGAGUCCAUCCAGUAUUCACCUUGCUAAGUGAGAUACUGCACUUUCCUCGAGUUCCUCCCGUGCUUCCUCACAAUAAGACCCAACCAUCAAGCAAACCAAAUGCCACUCCACAGCAUCAAACCUCCAUUGAGAUCACGGAGAAGGUGCAAGAACGUCCGAUAUCAAAUGCGCGUGCAAAUUCUAUGCAAUCGAGGAACGCAGAUGCCGAUAUGCAAUGGUCCCCUGGCAGUGCAACAUCGCAAGCAACGUAACCUUUACUCCGGAUCAAAAAGGCUCGCUUUGGAUGAACGCUAUCUCGUGGGAGAGAGGCUUGGUGGUAUGAGGUCUCAACGGCACCUCACCAAGGAUAAACAUUUCGCGGAUCCAUUGGCAAUGUCGUUGCCAGAAACCCCCGGUGCACCACAGUCUCAGGAUAGACCGAGUCCAAUGCAACAAGAUAUUCAACAUUCGGUCAAUUCAACCCCCGCUCGAACCAACCCACUGUCGUCUGAGCCCGAGACAGUUAUCGAAACCGUAGAAAAAAUUAGGUUUCCCACGGCAUCUAACUUAUCGAACACCCAAAAGCUGGAGGAAGAUAUACGCAUUGUUGAAAAGGCGGGUAACGAAACCUCACCACCACGGACCAACUUGCGUGGUGGCUUUCAGACGGCCUUGCCAUCUGCAAACCAAAUUCCGUCUGCCAUUCAGAUAACCAUGCCGAUGGGAAAUUCACCAAGAUCCGGAAAUCCGCCUCUUAUGCCCACAACUCAGCCAUCUCCACUGUCACACCAAGGACAUUCCGAACCAGCAAAAUUUAAUGAACGUCUCCCUGCUGCGUCCCCAUCACCACAGAUGUAUCAGGGACGGACACUGCCUGCACGAACCCAGGGGCAGCCUCCAGAGCAAUACCUGAACGGGCAACCAUCAGGGCUUUCUUCGUCCCGGGGACAACCUCCAGGACAGCAACGGCACAAUUCACAGCCGCCAUCAGCAGGACUGCCCCCAGGCGUGUCUCCUCAAGAUCAUGCCCAACCAGCCCAGACCCAAGGACAUGCUCCAACGUUUCCAACGCCAUAUCCACCCCCUAAGCCAUCACUAUGGUCCCCUACAGUUCAAUCACAAGGUCAGGCUCUUCACCAGCCCCAGGUGGAAUUAAAGCAGCCCCCGCCUCAGGGGAAGCCGUCUGGAACAUCAGCAGAACACCAAGCUUAUCCGGGGGGAAACGCUGCUGCCACACAGCAGGCCAUGGCUAGCACACAGCAACCCCACUACCUGGGCCAGCCUUCAGGAUCACUGUCUCCUGAAAUGAUAACAGAGAAACGUCCGGUCCCACCUCAAGAUCAGCCCCCACCCAGUCCGCUGCAGUCCCAAGCAUCCAAAAGCCCGCUGGAGCUGUCGAGGCCAAGUCAGGCACCCAUACAAACUUCAGUCGUGCAAGAUGCAUUUAGGCUCAAUGCCAGCGUUCAUGCCUCCACGCCAAGUCCCUCGAUAAAUUAUAGGGCAAGCUCCGUUAACAAACAGUUCGUGACAUCCCUAUCCCCAGCAUAUGCGCACGCAGUGGGUGGCAAUGUCUCAGUGGGUUCUCAGUCAAGUAGUUCAAACUUCUUACCACCAGGCAGCAAUGCUGCUGCAAAUAAGAGCACAGGACCAGUUCAUUCCCCUCUAGGUACUCAACAAAAUGUUCAAAAUUCAGGAUAUGCAAAAUCACAAAAACCUGGUGGAGGUGCAGUCACCGCUGAAAAUGGGCAAGCUGACAAUGACAAUCAUUCUGGCCCAAUACAGGAAGAUUCGCAUUUUCCCCCCGGGUCUGCACCGACUCCCGCGAGCAAACAGGGUGCGAACUUCGGAAGUUUGGCGCCAAAUAGCCCACAAGAUAGCAAAGAAGGCAUAGUAAUUGAUGAAGAUGUAAUUGUCGAUGAGGGCAGCUCUUCUGGCCCAGUGGAGGAAGAUGUACAUUUUCCACCGGGGCCUGGGACCAAUAAUGAGAGCAUUCCAGGGUCAGUCUCCACAAAUGCGGCAUCAAAUAGCCUUGGACCAAACGCAGGGGGCGUGGUGAUUGAUGAGGAUAUCAAGGUUGAAAGCGGUGACUCCUUGCCUCCGGAACCUGCGACUUCACAAGAAGCUGGUGGGGAUGUUAUCACCGCUGAAAAUGGGAAAGUUGACAGUAGCAAUAGUUCUGGCACAACACAGGACGAUUCGCAUUUCACCCCCGGGCCUGUACCGACUCCCGCAAGCAAACAGAAUGCGAACUUUGGAAGCUUGGCGCCAAAUAGCUCACAAGAUAACAAAGAAGGUAUAAUAAUUGAUGAAGAUGUGAAAGUCGAUGAUGGCAGUCCUUCUGGCCCAGUGGAGGAAGAUCUACAUUUUCCACAGGGGCCAGGAACCAAUAAUGGGAGCAUCCCAGGGUCAGUCUCCGCAAACACAGCAUCAAAUAGCCUUGGACCAAACGCAGGAGACGUGGUGAUUGAUGAAGAUGUCAAAGUUGAAAACGGUGACUCCUCCCCUCCAGAGGAAGAAAAAUUACAUUUCCCUCCCGAGCCAAACCCUCCUCAAGCAGGCAGCAAUAAUCCAAAUUCUUCAAUAUCCUCUCCUAAUAUUAGAGACGCAUGCGCACACGCGCAAUCGUCCCUCAAUUCGCACACUGGAAGUGGCAGCACUGAUGAUGUGCACAGUUCUCCAUGUGAUCCUGCUAGGCGAAGCACCGAUCAUCCAGAAGUCGUGCGGGACCCAUCUGCACUCCGCAAGGACAUGCCGUCUGAAAAAGACCCGCCCGAUGGGACUCUUCGUAAAAUGGACUCCGCCGCCGGCGAGAACGUCACGCAAUCUGGGAAACAAAUCCAGAUCACUUCCGAGUCUGUCAGCAAAUUUAUCGCAAAACCUUCCAGACGGGGAAGUGGCAUUCGGGAUCCCUCCGGUCUACAGCCGUCUUCUGCCAAAGGUAAAAAAUUAGGGGAUAAUCGGUCGUCUUUGAGGAGGAACGCAAUGUCCAAACACGCACAGAAGGCUUCUGAAGGAAGGCAAAAAAUAGUCACGUCACGAGGAGCGUCAGAGAAGAGUUCGUCGCUUGUAAGUGACGUACAAAUAUCGCAGGAAGUUGAUGAUGCAGAUUCUCACGAUCAAAGCUCCUUAGAUGCGGGGGAGGACUCGGCUGAUCAGAGCUACCCGGAAGUUAGGAUAACUGGAAGCGUAGAGCCUUUGUCCAAAUCCGACUUUGCUUCAAAGCUGGCUGGGACCAUGCAUGCUGUCGAUGAGACCCUGGGGCAAACUUCCAGGGCCUCUGAACAUGACUUGACACUUCCGACGCAAAAUUUCGAUUCUUCGAUGUCGCACAUUGACAAGAAAUAUGACACAAAUUCGGGAAAUUCCCUUCACAAACCCCUGGGAAUUAACCUUAAGGUAUUUAUCAACCAGCCACCAAUGAACACGUCGGCUCAUGAGAAGGGAAUCUCUGUCACAUCACACGCAGAUGAACAAGCACCUCUAUCUGCCAAAAAACGUCGCAAAAUAACAUCGUUAAGAAGCGUCGAUUCCGUUAUGGACGUUGCAGCUGAGCAGCUAGCCAACGAUGGAUACGACUAUGAUUUUGCUCAGCUUCCGUCAUGGAUGCAAAGGGCCUCCAAGCGAAGCGUGGAAUCGCUUCCCAGCGUGGCAUAUUCAGAUCAAGCUGCACCUGAAGAACUGUCCGUAAUUCAGAGGAGACCACACAUACCUCAUAACCCAUUGCGAUCUGUUCGCAAGGUCAGCUACGUUCAUCACCCUAAUCCAAAGGACACGAAACGAGGACUAGCCGUGCCCAGAGUUCAGAAAAUGUUCCAAAGCGCUCGGGCCAACCUAAUGCAAAUUCUUGGCGGCCCGAAAGACACUCUUGAUUCCGAAAUAGAUGGCCUUCUUGACGAAGCCCCCGCCGACAAAGAUAAAAGAAACAACGAUAUGAGGCUGCGCCUUGAUUCCAGCAGCCUUACAUCGUACCCAGACCAAGAUUCAAGUUUUCUUUGAUAAUGCUCUCGGCGAGGACCCUCAGCUUUCCUUGUACGGCACGCACUAAAGUUUGAAUAAUCUCUACCGUGCCGAUGUCGGUCUCCUCAAUCCUAGAACGUGCCUCUUAUCCAGUCCGCCUGUGCAAGCUCACAGCAUGGUAAUCCUAGAACGUUGUAACCCAGUGUGUGUGUAUGUCAAUUGUUUGUUAAAAUUGUUGAUGAUUACUGAUAUUAUGAGUGUCGCCUGUUGUGUUGAUCGAGAUACUCAGAGUGUCUGAUACACGUGCCAGUUGUGUUGAUGCAAUAAAAUGUUGUUGUGA